AUGGCGAUGAGGGGCGGCGGGCGGGCGCGGCAGAACGCGAUCCGGUCGGGCAUCGUGGUGCUGGGCGCCGCAGCCUUCGCCUACCUCUCCUACCGCGUCGGCUUCAAGCCCUACCUCGACCGCGCCCAGGAGGCCAUGGACUCCCAAAUCCACAGCUCCGACCACGCCGCAGCCGCCGCCGCGGCCGCCGCUUCCGCCUCCGCCUCCUGGGAGGACCAGACUGGUCACCCGGAGGGCGACGGCGGCCUCGCGCCGUCCAGGGACCCGGCCACCGUGCUCCGCGACUGA